UCUGCCUCCUGAAGGCUUUGACCUGGCGACUUCUCUCGGAUGCGCCUCCGCUCGCUGGCCACCAGGGGUCCCAGACACGCGCUGCUUCCCAGCCGCUCUUUGUCCUGCUGCUUCCCCCGCGAGCCCGCCUCCCCAUCCCGUUCGGAGCUCGCGGCUGUCGCUGCCGACUUGUACAAGUGGCCGCCAGUCAGGAAGCAGAGCCACGCCCCCGACUCCCUCCCCUGCCUCGCCGGCCGGGCUGCUCCAGCCCCCGCUGCUGUUCCACCUCGCUCGCUUAGCAGGUCAAUGAAUUGCCAGAGGCUUGAGGCUGAGGAGCUGGAGAAGCCUGGCUCUGGAGCCAUCCUCGAAUCCCUGCCUAGCAAACAUGCGCGUCUGCACUGUCUCUGAUUCCCCAGCCAGGAACGUAGCUGCUUGAGAAGUUGGAAAAACGAGGAGGACUAACAGGGGCGUGUAAAGCAAUCCGGAGCUACAAAAGGAGGAUGGAAAUCCUGUAUGAAUGUGAAAACCAUUAGCAAAGUAAUUGCUGUCUAUUACCAUGACAACCAGCCGCUGCAGUCACCUGCCUGAAGUCUUACCAGACUGCACCAGCUCAGCUGCUCCCCUAGUAAAGACGGUGGAGGAUUGUAGCAGUCUUGUGAAUGGACAGCCGCAGUAUGUCAUGCAAGUUUCAGCCAAGGACGGGCAGCUUCUGUCAACAGUAGUAAGGACUCUUGCCACACAGAGCCCUUUCAAUGACAGGCCAAUGUGCAGGAUCUGCCACGAAGGCAGCAGUCAGGAAGACCUGCUCUCUCCAUGUGAAUGUACAGGAACCCUGGGGACUAUUCAUCGCAGCUGCCUGGAGCAUUGGCUGUCCUCUUCGAAUACCAGUUACUGUGAACUCUGCCACUUCAGGUUUGCAGUAGAGCGCAAACCCAGGCCGUUAGUAGAGUGGCUAAGAAACCCAGGCCCGCAGCAUGAGAAACGGACUCUGUUUGGAGACAUGGUGUGCUUCUUGUUUAUAACUCCACUGGCGACCAUCUCUGGCUGGUUGUGUCUGCGGGGAGCGGUGGACCAUCUGCACUUUAGUAGUAGGCUAGAAGCUGUUGGCCUCAUUGCACUCACUGUCGCACUCUUCACUAUUUACCUCUUUUGGACGCUAGUGUCAUUUAGGUACCACUGUAGAUUAUACAACGAAUGGCGUCGGACCAAUCAGAGGGUGAUACUCCUAAUUCCAAAAUCCAUCAGUGUUCCUUCUAACCAGCAGUCAUUGCUGGGCCUUCAUUCAGUCAAAAGAAACUCAAAGGAGACAAUCGUUUGAUUUUGGCAGUUCUGUACUGGAGUCAUGCACUAAAUAUACUUUCUUAAACCCAUGGGCUCUGAUUCCAUCCAGAACCUGGUACAGUGCUAUUCUGGUUUACAAACUCUUUACAGAGGAAGAAAUCACUGUUUUAAUUAAAAUCAUGGAUGCUGCAAUCAUAUGAUAUUUGCUAAGCUGCCAAACAUGUUUAUUUAGCAGAUACUGUAUGGAAUUCUACAAACUCAUAUUAAUACCUGCCUUGUCAGUGAUGCAAAUCCUUUUUUAUUAUUGUUUAAAAAUAUUAAAACUAUGGUAAUUAACAAUGCAAAAAAAAAUUUAGGAGUGCUUUCUUUAUUUCUACAGUAUUUCUGUGGAUAUCUGAAUAGGAACCAGUGCUGAAUGUUUUAUUUUACUGACUCAAAGAAGAUGACAUUACAAGAAGGAAAUUGUGCUACUUUUAGUUUUAUUUGAAGGGCAUCUUAUUCUAAACUUGGAUUAUUAAAAAUGUUUUUAAAGUGAGUUCUACAAAUGGGCAUUCUAUUUAACAUAAAACCCCCUUAAAACGCAUUCUCUUCCAUUUGUUGUUUGGUAGUGAAAACCUGAUAAAAAUGCAAAAUGUGUGAAAAACAAGUAUCACAGAUUGCAAUAAUCUUCCGAGUUAAAAAUAUUUCAUAAAGCAGUUCCCAAAAAAGAACUGUUACAGGGUUAUUUCCUUUUCAUUUGGAAGGAGCAAAUUAGCCCCAAAUUUUGCACUAAAGUUACACUGGUGUAACUAAAGAGUUAGUUACUCUUUAUUUACCCCCAGCUAAAUUUGGCCUGAUUAAUUAAUUUUCUAUAGGGGACUUUGCAUACAUAAUGAUCUAAUUCAUUAGACAUUUCCUAGGAAGCCUGAACGUGUCUUGCAUAACAAUUAGCCUUACUCUAGAAAUGCUGAAUUUUCAGCUUGACAGGUAAAUUUAGCGGAGUAUAUAAAUUCUCUCGUUGUAGCAUUGAGAUUAAGGCUCUUUAUAAAAUGUAAGGUUUCAGAGUAGCAGCC